UAAUCCUCUUUGCUUUGGCAUUCUUUGCGCCAAUUUAUGGCAAAAUAAUUUCAUUCAGUGUUGAACUCUUGAGAGAAGGAUUUAUUAUAUUUUUAUAAGGUUUUCCGAAUAGUUUUAAUUUAAUCAUUGUUUUUGCCCGUAUUUUUGUUAAGAUCUUCGAAAAAUAAACUUACCUAUAAAAAGAGCAGCUGUUCUACAAGUUUUUUUAUCUACAUAAACAUAAACCCAACUCAAAAAAAAAUGAGCAAAGGAAAAUCUACACGUUCGACAAAAAUCAAGGAAGAUCCCGAUGCCCCAGCAACCAAGAAAAGUUCAAAUGUUGCAGCAACGGCUUUGCGAAAAAUAUUUUACAUAUCCCAGCAAAUGCUGACGGAUGAUACACAAAAAUUAAAACUUGAACGUUUCUAUCAUCCCGGCAAGGGAAAAGCCACACUAUUCAUGACAAAGGAUGACAAGCACAUAAUGGAAAUUAUGGAAUUUUCAGAGCCGCGAAGAAGUUGGUUGAUCAACAGGGAAGUGUGCUCGAAUGGUCACAUCUAUAUGACCACCAGCCUAGACGCAACAUUUCUGGCAUUGCAUCACUUGCGUAAACAUUGUGCAAAGCGGGCUUUGUCACUGGAUAGCAUACACGAUGAAGAGGAUCCCACAGCUUCAAGGCUUUUAAAUAAUUUCAUUCCACCAGACAAUUUGAAAUGUAUUGCCGAUGUUAAGACAGCUGGUGGAGAUAAAUAUUUCAAAUACAAUCAUGAAAAAUGUCUGGCCUGGUUAUCGCUGAAAACAAAACGCAUGGCCGAGGCAUUGAAGAAAGCCGGUAUCUAUUGUGGCCACAGUGCAGUAUCACAAAAUUUCACCCAAAGUGAAAAGGCUGUGGAUGAAAGUGCCCAUGAAACAGAUUAUCUCAGAGUUGCCUGCGAUUAUAUUGGUGGUUAUCUGGCAUUGGAUUUGCACGAUGAGCUAACCAAGCAUCUUAACAUACCUUCGGAAAUACAAGCAAUAGCCGAAGAAAAGAAGGCAAAUAACACAACGACAAAACGGAAAUCCGGAGAGAAACUUAAAAACGAGGGCAAUAAAAAACAAAAAUUGGCAAAUGGAGCAGCAGCUAAAUUAAAGAAUUCCAAUUUGCUAGAUGACUCAAAGGACGACGACGAUGAGGAAGAGGAGAAUCGUAACAAAACCAAUGAAGUGAAGGAGGAAAUAAAAUCACCCAAGGAAACAUUGUCGACACCGUUAAAGGAGCGUCCCCUUUCGGCUAAGGAAAAAUCACUGGCCAAGAGUGCAAAGGGUACCAAGAGUAUAGCCUCAUUCUUUACCAAAAAGGCACCAGCAUAAAGUUGUUAACAUUUGCAAUAUUAAAAUUGAGAAAAUUACAAUCGAAA